AUGCGUGAGUCAGAUGAAUAUUUUGAAGUUACUUGGGAUACAAACUGUGAACCUCUAGCAAAGUAUUGUCUCGAUGAAUGGCUACUUUUACCUGAAUAUCCUGUUUUGUAUGGAUAUUUUCAAUUUGUCUAUUUGACUAAUCGAUCGAUGAACGAAUUUAAAAUCAAUGUUGCACCGGACUUUGUCUGUUUUGAUGCACAGAAAUGUCCUAUAUUAUUAUCUAGAAUAAUUCCAAUUGAAAUAAUUGAUGGUCUAACAUGUUGCCGCAUUUUUGAUCUUAUUCAAGUACAAACGAUCCAACAUUUUCAUCAGUUAAACAUAAAUUUUUCGUUCAUCUAUUCUCAAUGUGCGACUACCAGUAAUGAAAAGUCAUGUAAAAAUUCAUCUUAUUUUCAUUGUAAUCAAUCUUUAAAAUGCAUAUCAUAUAAUCGUGUUGGUGAUGGAUUCAAAGAUUGUUUUUAUAAUGAAGAUGAAUCAUUUCCUACAUGUCAUCUGAACGACUCAAAUCGAUUUAUGUGUAUGUCAGAUCCAAACAAGUGUCUGUUGCCCGUAGCAAUUGGGAAUGGACAUAAAAAUUGUCCAAAAGGAGAAGAUGAAACAGUUGAAAAUAUAUAUGGCAUUCAGCAACCAAUACUGUUUUUUCGUAUAUGUCAGUUUCUUAAACUCGUUUCACCAGCAAAUGGCAUUGAAACUUAUCACACAAACUGUGAAUGGUGGCCAUGUAACAAUCCAUACACAUCUUGCAAUACAGUUUGGGAUUGUCUUAAUGGUAUCGAUCAAUUUAAUUGUCCCGGUAUAAGUUGUUCAUUAAACGAAUUUGAAUGCAGAAACAAUGAGUUGAAUUUAACUUAUUGUUUACCAUUUGUUCACAUGUUCCAUAAGCGGAAAGAUGACUGCCUGAAAGAUAGAUAUAUUUUCCGAAUCUACUUCGACAAUGGAAUACAUGACAUUAGCAAAUAUUACUACUCAUUUAACAAAUCCAAAUGCAUCAAUGAUGACAACUUGUGUAAUCCUCAUUCAGAAACAACAAAUGUACAAGAAGACGUAUGUAUUCAAAAUCCAAUACGUAAGUUGAUACUCUCGCCGACUACUGUCCACAUGGUCAAUAAUAACAACACAUACCUAUGCACUAUUGAAUAUCCAACAAAAUCACAUUAUAGUUCUAACCCUCGCUUCUUGACUCCUUUGCGACUUGGCUUUUUUCCAUCAACAACAUCUACGACUUCUGUUGAAAACAUUCUUGAUAAAUAUGAAAACAAAAAGAAUAUACCUAUGAUGAAUACUACACUUGCUUGGUAUUGUCAUUAUGGUGUUCUUACUCUAUUCAAGGGUGUUAAUCAGACAAAAGCAUGUCUCUGUCCACCAAAUUACUUUGGUUCUCAAUGUCAAUGGCAAAGUCAACGUGUUAGUUUAACUUUACAGUUUAGAAUGAGUAGUAUUAUUGAUUUUGCAGUUGUUUAUCAAUUAAUCAUCAUGCUGAUUGAUGAACAAGGAAGUAUUGCAUCCAAUCAUGAACAAAGAAUGUAUAUGCCUGCUCGUGAUUGUAAAACAAAAUUUAACAUCUAUCUACUUUAUCCACAUCGUCCCAAACAUUCAUCAACAAAUUAUUCGAUUCGUAUUGAUCUUUUUGACAAGUCAACAUUAGAUUAUUGGACGAGUUGGUAUUUGCCAAUUCCAUUUCAGUUUCUACCUGUAAAUCGAAUAUCGACUCAAUUAAUCAUUCCUGAAAUACGAGAAAAUACAGUAUGUACACUGUCAUGUGGAGAACAUGGUCGAUGUAUGAAAUACGCAAAUAUGAACAAUUUAUUUUUUUGUCGAUGUGAUCAAGGAUAUUCUGGUACUUUCUGUAAUAUUACACAUCAAUGUCAAUGUUCAAAUGACUCAUUCUGUCUUGGUUCAUCUAUUUGUGUGUGUCCUUUGAACAAGUUCGGUUCACGUUGUUAUUUGAAAAGAUCAAUAUGUCAAUCAAUGAACAAUACAUGUCAACACAAUGGACUUUGUAUAGCAAUUGGUGAUCGUAUUAAUUUACAUGAAUUUAUCUGUGUUUGUAAAGAAACUUAUCAAGGUGAACGAUGUCAAAAUAAAAAUACUCAAAUUGAUAUUUCUAUAGAUGAGACAAUUCUAAUAAUAAGUUCAUCAUUCAUUCUACAUUACAUAAUAGCAUUUCACCAAUCUAUAAAACAUGAAAGAAUGACCACACUAAAAAAGAUUCCUUUCGGUUACAAUACUAUGACCAUUUAUACACGACAACCAUUUAACAUUCUUUUCAUACAAAUACCUGAUGGUAAUUAUUAUCUAACUGUAUUAAGAGAAACAUAUAUACCAUCCGAAUAUAUUCAUACUCAAGUAUUACCAAAAAACCGUUGUUAUCCAGUUCUUGAUCUUUUUAAUGAUACUUUUCGUCAGUAUGAAUAUCUACGUCGGGUGAAAUAUUAUCCACUUUUAUGUCGUCAAGAUCCACAAUUGAUGUGCUUUUAUGACGAAUACUUCAUGUGUGUAUGUGAUAGUGAUCGUUUUUCAAAUUGUUUCGAAUUUAAUAAUACGAUAAAAUACAAUUGUAAUGAAAAAAAUCUUUGUUAUAAUGACGGUCAAUGUUUUCUCAACAAUGAAACCUGUCCAACAACAUUCAUUUGUGUGUGUAAUGAUUGUUACCAUGGAAAGCAAUGCCAAUUUUCAACAAGCGAUUUCAUUUUUUCACUCGAUCCAAUUCUUGGAUAUCAUAUUAAACCAAGUAUUUCACUUCAUCAACAACCAUUUAUUGUCAAAUUCAGCAUUAUUAUUACUACAAUUAUGUUGAUUUUAGAAUUAAUCAUGGGUUCAUUGUCUAUAGCGACGUUUCAAGUGAAAAGAUCAAGAGAAGUUGGUUGUGGUUAUUAUCUUCUCGCAUCAUCGAUUAGUUCAAUGUGUAUGAUUAUUGUAUUAACAAUUAAAUUUUGGCAACUUGUCCUUUCACAAAUGUCAAUCAUAACUAAUAGAUCAUUACUUUUAUUUAAUUGUAUUUCAAUUGAAAUGAUUCUUAAAUCUUGUUUAGCAUCAAGUGAAUGGCUUAAUGCUUGUGUAGCUACUGAAAGAAUGUUUGCUAUCAUCAAGAAUGUGUCAUUUGACAAAAAAAAGAGUAGGAUAGUAGCUAAACGAGUGAUUUUAGUUAUUAUUAUUUUAGCCACAAUUACACAUAUUCAUGAUCCACUUUAUCGACAAGUGAUUAAUGAUUUAGAUGGAGAUCAAGAACGAAUAUGGUGUUUAUCUCAAUAUUCCCCUGCAUUAACUAAAUAUAACAUAUUUAUUACACUUUUUCAUUUUCUUGUUCCUUUUUCCAUUAAUUUGGUAUCUGCUUUUGUAAUUAUUAUAGGAGCAGCUCGUAGUCGUGUAAAUGUAGAAUCGAAACUAUCAUUCAAGCAACACUUUCGAUUGAAACUUAAACAACAUAAAAAUAUUAUUAUUGCACCUAGUAUUUUGUUAGUAUUAGGUUUGCCACAUCUUAUUAUUUCAUUCACGUCAGGAUGCAUGAGAUCACCACGUCAAUCUUGGUUAUAUUUGAUUGGUUAUUUUGUAUCCUUUAUUCCAUCAAUGUCAACAUUGUUUGUAUUUAUUUUACCAUCAAAAAAUUACAAAAGUGAAUUCGAUAAAAUAAUACAGCGAUGGAUUCGACGAUUCCGUCGAAGAUCUUAA